GACGUAAUUCUACGUCACAACUCCAUCCGCAACUCUGAGACGCGUCGCGCCUCGGAUCCGCUGGGCGUUUGUGCUGCAAAAUCAGUUGCAAGACGUUAAAACUACAUGAACUCCAGAUGUUUGCAGGAUCGAACAAUAACCAAAACUUCUGGAUUAUAUAAUAAUUACUCAUACUCGGAAGUGGACUGCAAAUCAAGACACGAGGACUUCUAAACCAGGAUCUUGGACCAGAAUUCAUUGUGUGCUCUGAUUAAAUGUCAUCCAACAUCAUCUGCCCCAUUCAUUCAAAUGUUUUAGUGCCAGUCAAAGUAAAGUGGGCCAAAACAUGGAGCCCAUUUACGCCACUGGAAUGGCUGCAAAGCUCCGGAGUCAGUGGGACCGGGAUGCAGGUUUGGGUCAGAACCACAAUGCUGUGAAGUUCCUGGGACAAGAUUACGAAUCACUGAGGGCCCAAUGCCAACACACCAGGACCCUGUUUGAAGACCCUUUGUUCCCAGCCAGUAGUUCAUCUCUAGGCUUCAAUGAGUUGGGUCCACGAUCCUCCAAGACGCAGGGGUUACGAUGGAAGAGACCGAAGGAGAUUUGCAUGCGUCCCCAGUUCAUCGUGGAUGGAGCGACUCGUACUGACAUCUGUCAGGGAGCUCUGGGUGACUGUUGGUUGUUGGCGGCCAUCGCGUCUCUGACUCUAAACGAUAACCUCCUGCACCGCGUGGUGCCGCACGGACAGAACUUUGAUGGCGGUUAUGCUGGAAUCUUCCACUUCCAGUUCUGGCAGUUCGGUGAGUGGGUGGACGUGGUGAUUGACGACCGAUUGCCUGUAAAAGAUGGGAAGCUGUUGUUCGUGCACUCAGCGGAGGGUGAAGAGUUCUGGAGCGCUCUGCUGGAGAAGGCCUACGCCAAGCUGAACGGCUGUUAUGAGGCUCUGUCAGGUGGCAGCACGUCCGAGGGGUUUGAGGAUUUCACAGGUGGGGUCACAGAGAUGUAUGAUUUAAAAAAAGCACCCGCUGACCUCUUCAGCAUCAUCGGCCGUGCCGUCGAGAGAGGCUCGCUGCUGGGCUGCUCUAUAGACAUCACCAGUAAAUUUGACAUGGAGGCAGUGACCUUUAAGAAGCUAGUCAAAGGUCACGCGUACUCAGUGACUGGAGUGGAAGAGGUGGUCUACAGGGGAAACAUGACUAAACUGGUGCGCAUCAGGAACCCAUGGGGUGAAGUGGAGUGGACAGGAGCCUGGAGUGACGACUCUCGGGAAUGGGAGAAUGUGGACCGCUCUGUCCGGGGCAGAUUACAGAACCGCAGUGAUGACGGAGAGUUCUGGAUGUCGUUCAGUGAUUUCUUGCGUGAGUUCACCCGCUUGGAGAUCUGUAACCUGACGCCAGAUGCUCUCCAGGCGAGUCAGGUGAAGAAGUGGAGCACGUCUCUUUAUCAGGGCGAGUGGAGGAGAGGCAGUACAGCCGGCGGCUGCAGGAACUAUCCAGCCACAUUCUGGAUCAACCCUCAGUUCAAGGUGGCCUUAAAACAUACGGAUUCUCCCGGCCAAUCAGAUUGCAGCUUCCUGGUGGCACUGAUGCAGAAAGACCGCAGGAAGAAGCGAAAAGAAGGACAGGACAUGGAGACCAUUGGAUUCGCCAUUUAUGAGGUGCCAAAUGAGUAUAUAGGUAAGUCGGCCGUGCACCUGAAGCGGGAUUUCUUCCUCACUCACGGAUCCAGCGCUCGCUCGGAGCUCUUCAUCAACACGCGGGAGGUGAGCUCACGCUUCCGUCUGCCGGCCGGCGAGUACAUCAUCAUACCCUCCACCUUCGAGCCAAACAAAGAGGCAGACUUCGUGCUCAGAGUUUUCUCAGAGAAACCAGCCAACUCGGUAGAAAUGGAUGAUAAAGUCACGGCUGAUAUUCCUGAGGAGCAACGUCUAGAUGAGAGUCAGAUUGAUGCCAGCUUUAAGAGUCUCUUCAGACAGCUGGCUGGACCGGACAUGGAAAUCAGUGUGACGGAGCUGCAGACCAUCCUGAACAGAAUCAUCAGCAAACAUAAAGAUUUAAAGACAGACGGCUUCGGUAAGGAAUCCUGUCGGAGUAUGAUCAACCUCAUGGAUACGGACGGCAGCGGGAAGCUCGGACUCACAGAGUUCCACGUGUUGUGGGAAAAGAUUAAACGCUACCUGCAAAUCUUCAGAGACCAUGAUGUGGAUAAAUCAGGCACUAUGAGCUCUUAUGAGAUGAGGAAAGCCCUGGAAGCAGCAGGUUUUAAAUUGAACAACCAUUUAUUCCAGCUGAUCAUCCUGCGGUAUACAGAGGAAGACCUCUCUGUGGAUUUCGACAACUUUGUCACCUGUUUAGUGCGACUGGAGACCAUGUUCAAGACCUUCAACACAUUGGACACAGACGCAGAUGGAGUCGUGUCGCUCACAUUCUUUGAGUGGAUCUCUCUGACCAUGUUUGCCUAAAAUGGAGACUGCACUGAGAUUGUCUUGUCCUGUCCUCUAAAGAGUGCCUUUAUUUCUACACAUCUUUAAUGCAUUUCUAAUGGACAAACAGCCAUAGUAAUGAAGCCCUGUUUACAUUAUCCUCAAUCAGAACAUGAAAAAUACUGUGCCAAUUGUGAGUAUUUCUGAAGCCAAGCGGAAACUCUAUUAAGAUGUUCAGAGAAACCAUUUACAGUAUGUUUUUAGUCAUUUUUUUUAAUUGAGCUGCAUAUAUUUCCUCCCCUGGAUUGCCAAAUAAAACUUGUUUACACUUUUUGUGCCAAAUGAAUCAUUGCCAAUUUCAAUCAUUCACAGCUGAUUUUAAUCAAUAUUUUAUGAUCGUGAGCUGCAUAUUUUUCAGUGAAUGUCAUAUCUGAAUGUUGUACACAUAAAGAAUGCUGUAUUAGAAAUGCAUGUGCUGAUGCUGUAGAUUGAGCCCAGCUUUACAGAAAGUGUUUUUGUUUGGACUGAAUUUUUUAUGCACUCAUGCAGCUCUUUUAUGGGACAAGCCAAAGAAUAUUUUAACAAGCCGAUUUUUAAUUUCAUAUUCAUAUUACUUUUGUUCUGUUUUUCAAAACCUCUGUUCAAUACAAUCAGGAGCAACAGAACUGGGAACAGAUCGAAUCUCCCUGGUGUACUUUUUAACAAAAGAAAGCUGUAAUUGAAAAGGUGGAGGUGUAACUGUUCUUUUUUUUUAAUGCCAAGCAGCAGGUUUUACAGGAUUGUAUUUCCACUGUUGAUUAAUUUUUGUGGGUUUUCAAUAAACUUUCUUUUAAAAUAAAAUCUGUACUCAAUUAUGGA